AUGGAACCGGAGCACUAUUUUCCUUCUCCUUCACUCUGCUUAACCAGGUGGUGGUCAGAGGAGACAGUGGCGGUGGUGACGGGAGGAAACAAAGGCAUAGGAUUUGCGCUGGUGAAGCGGUUUGCGGAAUUGGGACUGCAUGUGGUGCUAACUGCGAGAGACAGGGAAAGAGGGGAAGCUGCGUUGGAGAGCCUGAGAGCACAAGGCAUUGGUGCUCACGUUCACUUUCUAUUGCUGGAUGUCUCUGAUCCCCUUUCUGUCUCAAACUUCGCAUCCUCCUUCCAAGCCAAAUUUGGAGCGACCUUGGAUAUUCUUGUGAACAAUGCGGGGGUAUCAUUCAAUGAGCUGGGGGAGAACUCAGUGGAACACGCGGAAAGCGUCAUCAAGACCAACUUCUACGGUCCCAAAUUGCUUAUUGAGGCUCUCCUCCCCCUCUUUCGUUGCUCCUCUUCUUCCAUUACUCGCGUUCUCAACGUUAGCUCAAGGCUCGGCUCUCUCAAUAAGGUGAGAAAUGCAGGGAUACGGGAAGUGCUAGAGCGUGAGGAGUUGAUGGAAGAGGAGAUAGAGGGAGUGGUGGGGAUGUUUCUUAGAGACGUUGGGAAUGGGACGUGGAAGGGGCAAGGUUGGCCGUCGUACUGGACGGACUACGCGGUGUCGAAACUGGCUUUGAAUGCAUACUCUCGAGUGUUAGCAAAGAGAUAUUCAUAUGAAGGAAGUGGGUUGAGUGUGAACUGUUUUUGCCCUGGCUUCACUCAAACUUCAAUGACAAAGGGAAAAGGCACACACACCGCUGAGCACGCCGCUUCCCUUGCAGCCACACUUGCCUUGCUUCCGCCACACCUCCUGCCCACCGGAAAAUUCUUCUCCUUUGGAAAGACCUCCACCUUCCUCACUUCUAAACUAUGA